UGAACUGUGAUAAAAUAGAAAUUGGUAAAUAUUUUUGCAAACGACAAGAAAAAAAAAGAAAUACAAGUCAACGAGAAAUCUUGAUUUGCUAAAUUUGGGAGGAGAAAAACAUCUUUGCUAAGCCAAAGAGCAAAUAGUCGUCGUUAGUCGGUUUAAUCGCAAAAAGUUAAUAUUUUCAAGUGCAAUCAAUUCAAAUAAAUCAAAAAAUGCCACCAGUCGAAUUACAGGUAGCUAAUAUGUCGCUGAGCGCAAUGCAUUGCACGCGUUGCACGGAAGGAUUCGAGCCAAACGAAAAAAUCGUUAAUUCGAAUGGUGAACUCUGGCAUACGCAGUGCUUUGUUUGUGCUCAGUGCUUCCGUCCAUUUCAAGAUGGUAUCUUCUAUGAAUUCGAAGGACGCAAAUAUUGUGAACAUGAUUUUCAUGUCCUCUUUGCGCCUUGUUGCAAUAAAUGUGGAGAAUUUGUUAUCGGACGUGUUAUAAAGGCAAUGUCCGCAAGCUGGCAUCCACAGUGCUUCCGUUGUCAGUUGUGUGCUAAGGAAUUAGCUGAUUCUGGCUUUAUACGCAAUCAAAAUCGUGCCUUAUGUCAUGAGUGCAAUGCCAAAGUUAAGGCUGAAAUAACUGGACGUUAUGUGUGCCAAAAAUGCCAUGGACUUAUUGAUGAAGAACCUUUACGUUUCCGUGGAGAAGUUUAUCAUGGUUAUCAUUUUAAUUGCACCACAUGUGGUGUAGAAUUGGAUUCAACUGCUCGAGAAGUUAAAAGUCGUCCUGGGUUAACUGCAAAUGAUAUGAAUGAGCUCUACUGCCUCCGUUGUCAUGAUAAAAUGGGUAUACCAAUUUGUGGUGCCUGCCGGCGACCAAUUGAGGAACGAGUCGUUACAGCACUGGGCAAACAUUGGCAUGUUGAGCAUUUUGUUUGCGCCAAAUGUGAGAAACCAUUUUUGGGGCAUCGUCACUAUGAGAAACGAGGUUUAGCUUAUUGUGAGACUCAUUAUCAUCAAUUGUUCGGUAACUUAUGUUUUGUUUGUAAUCAAGUAAUUGCUGGAGAUGUUUUUACUGCCUUAAAUAAAGCCUGGUGUGUGCAUCAUUUUGCUUGUUCCGUCUGCGAUACAAAAAUGACACAGAAAUCAAAAUUCUAUGAAUAUGACGAGAAGCCAGUAUGCAAGAAAUGUUAUGAACGCUUCCCUAAUGAGCUGAGAAGACGUUUACGUACAUCUCAUGAAAUGACCAUGAAGAAAGCUGUCUAAUGCCCAACUCAUAUAUGAAAUUUAGUAGAAUAACAAAAUGUUUCUGUUAAUUUGAAGCAGUUUUAUGUAUCGUGUAUAACGACAUA